UGCUUGUCCACAAGAAAAUUCACACAAGAGUUAAGCCUUACUUGUGUGUUAUAUGUGAAAAGGCAUUCACUGCAGAAACUAAUCUCAGUUUCCACAUGAGGACACAUACAGCUCCCAGAUUUAUUGAGUGUGAGGUGUGCAGCAAGAUAUGCAUGACAACAAAACUGCUAAAGAAGCACAUGAAGACACACACCAAAGACCGUCCAUACAUGUGCAACAUAUGCAGCAAAACUUAUAAGCGCUCAUUUGAGCUUUCUGCUCAUAAGAAGGUACAUACAGGUGUCAAGAAUCACAUAUGCAAUAUAUGUGGCUAUGCAACUAUGUAUAAAGCAAAUUUGGAAAUUCAUCACAAGAGACAUAUUAUGGAAUUCAGGUUACAUUGUGAAGUUUGUGGUAAGGGAUUUUACACAAACUCAGAGUUACAGGGUCACAAAAAUGUGCACACUGGGGAGCGUCCUUUCCAAUGUGAUGUGUGUGGAAAGGCUUUCAUCUAUAAGCAUUACUUAACGACCCAUCAGAGAACCCAACAUCCUGACUUUCAGAGAGAUGGUAGAGCUAGUCUAAGUAGGCACUAUGAAUGUGAAUCUUGUGGCAAAGUGUUUUCAUACAAGAAGUCACUAUUGUUACAUGUGAGUUCUCACACAGGUGAGAAUCAAGCAUUUCUUUGUGACAUUUGUGGGAAGGCACUCACAAGCAAUUCAUCUCUACAGUGUCACAGACGUAUUCAUACUGGUGAGAAACCGUUUGUAUGUGAUUCUUGCGGUAAGGGAUUUAGAAAUCGAGGAAAUCUGCGCAUCCACCAGCGCACACACACUGGGGAGAAACCCUACAGGUGUGACCAGUGUGGCAAGUCAUUCACUCAGCGACCAACUCUGGUUGUGCACAAACGUUAUCACACAGGGCAGAGACCAUACCGGUGCCAACUCUGUAACAAGGGUUUUGUGUCUAAAACUCUGUUGAAAACACAUCAAAAAAGCCACUAAUAAUGUGUGACAAAAUACAGUACAGUUUCGAUUAUCUGACAUAAAUGGGACCAAAGGACUGUGGGGUAAAUGAAAAUGUAGGGUAAUGUGAAAGACUAAUAAAAACAUGAAUUCAGUUUGUAGCUUAGCUUACAAUAUUAUUAAAAUGUGAAGAAAAUACAUUAUAGCAUCAAAUAAAAAAUUCUUACAAAUAAAAAUAGUAUUUAACAUAAUAUAAAUUUGUACAUGAAAGUUUGUUUUUAGUAGAAAUUAGUGAUGUGUAUUUGCUUCUGAGUCUCCUUCCUUUUGUUUGUGGCAAGGUCACACCAGUGCCAGAGCAGUAGUACAUCUGCAGUAACAGAGUACAUUAAAUGUAGAAGGUUUGUGGUGGAGGAUUGCAAUUCAUUUCAGUGCAUGCUGAGUUGACUGUUGAUAAAAUAGAGCAUUCCGAAAUGGCACAUCGGAUAAAAUGGAAAAUUGGAUAACCAAAGGUCAGAUAAUGAGGACUCUACUAUAUAUACUCUUUGUGAUCAAGUUGUCUGGAAAAUAGAUCAGUGAAAGAAUUUGUACAAUUUGUUGUUUAUUUAUAUUCUCAAAUAAAGACUUCAUAUGUUAAUGAAUCUUG